CUUUGCAAGACUGCAUUUAGCCCACAACAAGUCCCAAGUUUCGGAGUGCACAGAAGAACAGUUUGGAGCCUCUGCGAGUCAAUAUUUUACGUCCAUUCAGCACAACAACAACAAUAACAAAAAAACAAGAGCGGAAAAGGAUCCGUUUUACCUGUUGAUGAAGUCCCACCGGGUGUGGGACGCAGAGGAGCAGUCGGGUUUCUUCACAGAGAAGAAAAGUCUGAAAAAGGUGCAGGCAUCACACCGCUCCAGCGGCCAGGAGGAGUGAAGGACCUCGGUUUUUCCUUUCCCCCAGCAUUUGCAGCCUGUGCUGGGUUGGUGGAAAAUGGGCACUCCGACCACUUCGAUCUGUGGACUUAUCCUCUCGUUGAUACUCACAUGCCAGCUGGUUACUGUGACUCAGGCCUCCAAGGUGUGGGGAGAGGUCCCUCUGCCAGAAGACUUGGAGGCGGAGAAAGAUGUCCAGGCGUCUCAGAGCUUAUUGGAUGACGACGAGGACUUUGCUGCUGAUGAAACUUCAGGAGAUCUGCCCAGUGGAGAGGAUGAUGGAAGCACACCAUGGCCUUCAGUCUCCGAGAGCACAACACACUGGUUGGACUCUUCAUAUCUGGGGAACAUACAGAGCCCAGUCGAACCAGACUACAUUUAUUACAGAGCUCUCGUCAAUUUCACUGACUCCCUGGUCUACGGCCCCGAGCUCGAGGACAUCUUCUCACCAGCCUUUAAUGAGAUCUCUGAAGCAGUGGUGGACACGCUGGAGUCAGACUACAACAGGAUUCCAGGUGUCCAGACAGUCAGCGUGGUCCUCAUUAAGAAGAUGAUAAGAGAGGAUGGCGUUGAUGUAUUUGUAGAGUUGGACGUGGGUUCUGACUACAACAGCAAUGAUGAACAGAUCCGCAGCGUGCUGUACAAUGUGGUAAAGGAGGGAGCCAUUGCUUCCUACGUCACAUCAGUCCAGGGCUUUCAGUUCAGACGGCUUGGAGAAGUUCAACCUCUGCCUUCAGUGGAGCCUAUAGCAGUGCCAGUAACCCCCGGCAUCAGACCCUGCAUGCCAGAUGAGCACAGGUGUGGUGAUGGGACAUGUAUCCUGAUGGAAUACCUGUGUGACAACAGACCAGACUGCAGAGACAUGAGUGAUGAGACCAAUUGUGACAUAAAACGGCCGGGCCCUCCAAUUUCCACCACCCCUCCGCCCUCAACCUCCGCCAUCAAGAAGCCCCCGCGGCUCCCCAGCCCACCUGGACCCUGCAGAGCAGAUCAAGCCACAUGCCAGAGCGGAGAGUGUAUCCCUCGAGACUACAUCUGUGACGGAGAGAGGGACUGCUCGGACGGAAGCGACGAGUUCAGAUGUGGUACUCCAUCUCCUUGUGAACCCAAUGAGUUCAAGUGUAAAAAUGGUCGUUGUGCCCUCAAGCUUUGGCGUUGUGAUGGAGACAACGACUGUGAGGAUUACUCAGAUGAAACAGACUGCCCCACCAAGGGUCCUGAUGACAGGUGUGCUCCUGAGCAGUUUGAAUGCCUAAAAGAUCGCACCUGCAUCCCAGCCAGUUACCAGUGUGAUGAAGAGCCAGACUGCCCUGACCGCUCUGAUGAGUACGACUGCACCCCUCCCUCUGUGACAAGCCCGCCAGAAGAGUCCGUUCAGGCAGCGCGGGGGUCGACAGUGACGUUCACCUGUCAGGCUGUUGGAGUGCCAACACCCAUCAUCACCUGGAGACUCAACUGGGGACACAUUCCAGCUAGCACCAGGAUCUCCAUGACUAACGAGAACGGCCGUGGCACCCUAACCAUUCGUGAUGUGAAGGAGGCAGAUCAGGGGGCGUAUACCUGUGAGGCCAUCAAUGCUAAAGGCCUGGUGUUUGGUAUCCCUGACGGAGUGCUAACUCUCACAUCGAAUCCAAAUCCAGGCAACUGUCCUGAUGGUCACUUCAGUGUGGAGGGUCGCUGUGUAUCCUGCUUCUGUGCUGGAAUCACCAAGAACUGCAAGGGCACCGGGCGCUACCGCAACCAGAUCAGCCUGCGUUUCACUGAGGAGGAAGACUUCAAAGGAGUGAAUGUCACCUACCCCUCCAGGCCAGGCACUCCUCCUCUCUCCUCCACUCAGCUCCUCAUUAACCCUGAGAUGGAAGAGUUCCAGCUCGUUGACCUGUCACGACGUUUCCUCAACCUUGACUCCUUCUGGACCUUGCCUCGCCAGUUUGUGGGAAACAAGAUUGACUCCUAUGGAGGAUCCCUGAAGUACAAGGUGCGGUACACACUGGCUCGUGGUCUGUCUGAGGUUGUGGAGAAGCCGGAUGUGAUGCUGGUUGGAAAUGGACGCAGGCUUGUGUACCGCAGAGGCAGCGCCACCCCUGCCCGAGUGGCCAACCAGAAGGAGAUCAAAUUCACUGAAGAUAACUGGCAGCACUCCAAUGGCCGCCCUGUGAGCCGGGAGGAGCUGAUGACGACGCUGGCCAACCUGGACAGCAUCAGCAUCCGCACCAUCUACGACAACCACAUGGUCAGCGUGGCACUCAGUGACAUUGUCAUGGAUACCACCACUGUAGAGUUCAGCACUCUGGGUCAUGCUAAGAAUGUUGAAGAGUGCAGAUGUCCUCCUGGAUAUUCAGGCCUGUCCUGUGAGAUGUGUUCCUCUGGUUUUGAGCGUGUCCCUGGUGGCUCAUAUCUUGGCACCUGUGCUGGUUGUAACUGUAAUGGACAUGCCAGUGCCUGUGAUCCAAUCAGCGGACACUGUCUGAGCUGCCAGCACAACACAGAGGGUCCUCAGUGUGACAAGUGUCGCUCAGGCUACUUUGGUGACCCCAGCCGAGGUCGCCCCGAUGACUGCAAGCCCUGCCCCUGCCCGUACUACGAGACCUCACGCAGGUUUUCUGACACCUGCUUCCUGGAUGUUGACCAACAGCCAACAUGUGAUGCCUGCAGGCCCGGCUACACAGGAAGACGCUGUGAAAAAUGUGCUCCUGGUUACAUGGGUAACCCCCUCCUGCCUAAUGGAAAAUGUGUUCCUAACCAAAGCUCCAAGUGUGAUAACAGAGGAACAAUCAGCUCCAACAGCAGACCAUGCAGCUGCAAGAACAACGUGGCAGGCGCUCUGUGUGACGAGUGUAAGCCCGGGUUCUUCCACCUGUCAGAGGCCAACCCUGAGGGCUGUCUACGUUGUUUCUGUAUGGGCGUCACCAAACAGUGUGCCAGCUCCACUUGGAAUAGAGAUCAGGUGCGAGGAGGGGUGAACGGGCAGCUCUUCUCCCUCUCUAACAGUGCCAACACUAAAACUAUCUCCGAAGGCAUCUCCCAGAGGGGCUCCUCUGAAGUUGUCUACCGCUCCUUCUCCAGUGUCCCCAACGACAUCUACUACUGGGUCCUGCCUGAGAGCUUCAGAGGAGAUAAGGUGACGGCCUAUGGCGGGGAGCUUCACUACACAGUGCGCUUUGAACCAUUUCAGCGCUCACUGGUGAUUGACGAUCAGCCAGAUGUGGUUCUCCAGGGCAAUGGCAUCUUCCUGGAACACUACUCUCGGACGAAGCCUCUCCCACGUAUCGCACAAACUGUCACUGUGACCUUCAGAGAGUCUGCAUGGCGUCGUGCUGAUGGGCAGCCGUGCACUCGUGAGCACCUGCUGAUGGCUCUGGCUGACGUUACUGUCUUCAUGAUCAGGGCCACCUACGCAGACAACAUGGCUGAGAGCAGUAUCUCAGACAUCAAGAUGGACAUUGCUGUUCCUCAAUCCACUGGUAAUGAACGUGCUCUGGAGGUGGAAGAGUGCACCUGCCCUCAGGGAUACAGAGGACCCUCUUGCCAGGAGUGUGAUGAAGGUUACACUCGGACUAGCUCUGGCCUUUACCUGGGCACUUGUAAGAGGUGUGACUGCAAUGGUCACGCCAGCAGCUGUGACCCGGAGACCGGCAGGUGUCUGCAAUGUCUCCAUAACACCGCCGGGCCAAGGUGUGAGCACUGUCAGCCUGGUUUCUAUGGAAACCCUGUAACGAGCGGUGCUCAGGCCUGCCAGCCCUGCCCUUGUCCUGGAACCACUUCUAGCAACCAAUUCUCCUCGACCUGUUAUCUAGAUUCUGAUGGACAGCCGACCUGUGACAAAUGUCCCCCUGGAUACACUGGCCGUCGCUGUGAAAGAUGUGCCGCAGGAUACACUGGCAACCCACUGCUUGGACAGAGAUGUAGUGUUGGCAACAAUGAAGUCAAUGGUAACUGCUAUAACUGUGACCAAAGGGGAAGUGAAGGCUGCAAUGGUGGUGUGUGCCGCUGCAAGAUGAACACUGAAGGCCCAUUUUGCUCAAGCUGUAAGUCUGGAACCUUCCAUCUCAGCCUGGAAAACAAAGAUGGCUGCCUGUCCUGUUUCUGUAUGGGCGUCACUCAGCAGUGCUCCAGCUCUACCUACUACAGAGACCUGGUGUCCUCAGUCUUUUCUCCAGGGAACUUCCAGGCAUUCGCUCUGGUCAACCGUCAACGCACCAACCGCAUCGCCACUGGUUUCACUGUGGAGGUUUCCACUGAAGGCACUCAGCUGUCCUACAGCAACUUUGACUACCUGGGACAAGAGCCUCAUUACUGGCAGCUUCCUGGGGUCUACCAGGGAGACAAGAAAGAUUCUUUCUUUGCUCGCGGGAAACGAGCAGUGCAGGGUGAUGUCAGACAGCUGGAUGAUGAGGUCUGGGCGCUCUUCUCUAACUUCUCCAAUGGACGAGCUGGUUCCCCUCCGUUCUUUCCCUCCUCCUCUAAAUCCUCCUCCUCUUUCUCUUCCUCUUCUUCUUCUUUUUCUUCUCGGGUCCCAACUUCCUCUUCCUCCUCUUCAUCCUCUCGAUGGUCUAUGCGUAACCUGAGCCCCCCUUCUCCUCCAUCUGGUAUCUCCUCUUCCAUUAGACCAACCAGACCCCAACGCUAUUCCCCAGGCCGUGCUCCUCGUCUGCAGGUACACUCAGUCAGUGUUUGCGAGAGGUUUACAAGCCUUAUGUUUCCUGGUCAUAUUGGUAACUUCUUGUAUUUCUUUUUGGGGUCUGGCCCUGCUGUUAAACAACAGAGCAAGAACACAGUGAGCAAGACGUCUACUAGUCCUUCUGGGGACAACAGCAAGUACGCUCUGGUCUACAAAGGUUUCAGUUUGCACCAGGAUGAUCUGCUCUACUGGCAGCUCCCAGCGCAGUUCACAGGGGAUAAGGUGAGUUCUUACGGCGGUAAACUUAAAUACACCAUCUCCUAUGUGGCUGGUCCAAGAGGAACACUGCUUGAUGAUGGUGACGUCCAGAUUAUUGGUAACGACAUCACUUUGGUAGCUCAUCAGCCCUGGCAGAGGAGGCAGCAGGGCAGCAGAGAGACUCACCAGUUUGAGGCUGUCUUCAAAGAGGAAAACUGGCGUCGUCCUGAUGGCAUGCCUGCCACCCGAGAGCACCUGAUGAUGGUUUUGGCUGAUCUGGAUGACAUCCUGAUUCGAGCAUCCUAUUCCACUGAGAUGCGGUCGUCCAGCAUCUUUGAUAUCAGCAUGGAAGUUGCGGUGCCUAACUACAGUGGCUUGGCACAGGCCCUCGAGGUGGAGCAGUGCCGCUGCCCACCUGGAUACCAGGGACUCUCUUGCCAGGACUGUGCGCCUGGAUAUACUCGCACUGGAGGAGGUUUAUACCUGGGCCACUGUGAGCUCUGUGAAUGCAAUGGCCACUCUGACUCCUGCCAUCCUGAGACUGGCAUCUGCACGAGCUGCCUGCAUAACACACAGGGUGAGUUCUGUGAGCAGUGCGCUCCUGGCUUCUUCGGUGACCCCACUGUUGGCACUCCAGAGGACUGCCAGCCCUGUGCCUGCCCUCACACUGACCCAGACAACCAGUUCUCCCCCACCUGUGAGAGCCUUGGAAAUGGAGGCUACCAGUGCACUGCCUGUCAGCCUGGGUACACUGGCCAGUACUGUGAACGUUGUGCUCCUGGAUAUGUUGGCAACCCACAGGAGAGAGAGAAGUGUCGUCCAUACGAUGCUGCAGCCUCCCUGGUGGUGAGGGUUUAUCCAGAGAGGGUCCUGACAUCCCAGGGUGGCCCUGUCACUCUCCGGUGUCAGGUGUCCGGCUCUCCUCCGCACUAUUUCUACUGGUCCAGAGAGGAUGGACGACCCAUCUCCAGCAGUGCUGACAGACGCAGACAAGGAGCAGAGCUGUACUUCCCCAAUGUCCAGCUAAGUGAUGCCGGUGUCUACAUCUGUACCUGCCGAGACCAGCGCAGCACCAACCGGAGCCGUGCUGAAAUUGUUGUCACAAGUGCCCCAUCCAAAGCCAUUGAGGUAACAGUUGAGGAGCCCAAAGCCCAGACUGUCAGGGUGGGGUCUACUGUCAGCUUCAUCUGUACUGCAAAGAGCAAGUCACCAGCCUACACCCUGGUGUGGACCCGGAUGGGUAACGGGAAGCUGCCCAACCGGGCCAUGGAUUUCAAUGGCAUCCUGACAAUUCAGAACGUCCAGCCCGAGGAUGCAGGCGUCUACGUUUGCACGGGCUCCAACAUGUUUGCCAUGGACGAGGGCAAUGCCAUCCUCUACGUGCCAGAGGCCUCACAGACUCAGAUGUUUUACACAGCCUAUGAAAUGUUUGAAGGACACAGAAAGUCUGCAGAGGGGGCCCAGCCUGUGGCCACCAUCACUCCCUCUGUGCUGAAUGUCCAGCAGGGCCAGCGGGCAGAGUUUCGCUGCACAGUCACUGGGAACCCAACCCCUGCCAUUGAAUGGAUUGGAGGUCCAGGGAACAGAAUGAGUCCCAGAGCUGUGAUACGAGGUGGUGUAUUGACCUUCACAGCAGUGGACCCAGCUGAUGAGGGAGAGUACACCUGCAAGGCCCUGAACACUCAUGGAGAGCACACAGCGCGGGUUUCCCUCUUUGUCCAAAAGUCUAACCCAAGUGGCCUAGGCACCCAGCCCCAAGUCCAAGUCAGUCCCCAAAAUGCCCAUGAAGUCCAUGAAGGCGACACCUUGAGGUUGUACUGCCGAGCAUCAGGAACACCCACCCCGAAGCUCACCUGGCUGAAAAAUGGAGGACAAAUCCCUCCACAGGCCAUUCCCUCUCACGGUUUCCAUCAGUUUAAAAGCAACAGUCUCGAUGUGUUACAGAGACGUAUUGAGGAGCUGCAGGCCCGCAUGGACCGCACAGACAUUGGUACUCUGCUCAUCCCCAACAUCAAGAUGUCCGACUCGGGCACUUACAUGUGUGUUGGUAGCAACAGCAUUGGCUCAAAUAGUGCUCCCAUUAAAGUCACUGUGCUCAAAGCGGACCAUAGCUCCUCAGUGGUCAGCAUCCAGCCAUCUUCAGCUGAUGUCCAGGAGGGCCAGAAUCUGGAGCUCAACUGUUUUGCCCCUGGAAAUCCUCCUCCCCAAGUCACCUGGACGAGAGCCAGUGGACACCUCUCUUCUAACCACCAGGUUCUGGGCAGUCAGCUGAGGAUCCUGUCAGCCACUCCAGAGGAUUCAGGGGAGUAUAUCUGUCGGGUGCAGGGCAACCCGGGAAACCUAGGAUCUCAUGUCCACCAGGCCUCUGUCUCUGUGUCUGUUACUACAUCUUCUUCACGUCUUCAGAGUCCAAUCAUCGCCAUUGAACCCCACAGUGCUGCAGUGCGUGUGGGGGAGUCGGCCAGCUUCAGGUGCAGGGUGUACAGUGGAGCCCAGCCUGUCAGACUGGAGUGGAAACUGGCCAACAACCAGCCGCUGCCAGAUAAUGUUAAAGCUGGUCCUGAUGGUUCUGUUAUUACCAUUACCAAUGCCCGCCCUAUUAACCAUGGUGCCUACCGCUGUGUGGCAAGUAAUCCGUUCGGCAUCACCCACACCAUUGUGUCUUUGAUUGUCAAAGAGUCUCCUGUGGCCACCGUCACCCCUGGUGGACCUGUGCGUGUCAGGGUGGGUGAACCCAUUAACUUGGAAUGCCAGGCAUCAGGAGAGCCCCGCCCCUCAGUCUCAUGGCACAGGUUGGACAGCAACCGCAAGACCAUGCUGAGCAGCCCUGUGCCCAUGGAGUCCAAUGCAGUCAUGCAGAUACUAGUGGCACGUCCAGAAGACAGUGGCACGUAUGUAUGUACAGCUCGCAACAAUGAGGGCACUACUGAGACCAAGGUGGAGGUCGUGGUUGAAGGAGGCUCUCAAGUGCCCACACUGCCCAGGGCCUCUGUUCCUGAGCCACUGAUGGUUUUGGUGGAGGGACAGACUGCAACGCUGCACUGUGAAGCCCACGGUUUCCCACCCCCGACGAUCACCUGGUCCAAGCUGCGGUCUCCUCUGCCUUGGAGACACAAGGUGGUGAACAACAGCCUGGUGCUGCCCAACGUGGGCCGCCAAGACUCUGGACAAUAUAUAUGCAGUGCCAUCAACAACAUAGGCACCACUGAAGUCAUCAUCAUGCUAGAUGUAGAGACCCUUCCUUAUGCCACUUCUAUGCCCGAUGAUGUGGCUGUGCGAGUCGGGGAGGUGAUCAGGUUACAGUGCCUGGCCCAUGGCACUCCUCCUCUGACCUACACUUGGACCAAACUGGGUGGAAACCUGCCCCAGAGGGCCGAGGUUAACGGAGGGGAUCUUCAGAUAAACCUGGCCACUGCUGAGGAUGCUGGGAGCUACAAGUGCGUGGCCAGCAACAAAGUGGGCAACAGUGAAGUGGUCGCUAAAGUCACAGUCAGAUCCCCCUUGGCAGUGCGUGUGUCACCCCAGGUUGAAGUAAAGGCCCAGGGCAGUGCUGUGGAGUUCACCUGUUCGGCAGCAGGUGGUAUAGAAACCAAAAUUGAGUGGCUGAAGGAAGGAGGCGCUCUGCCACCGAACCACCACAUCAAAGAUGGGGUGCUCAGGAUUGAGAACCUUGAGCAGAGCAAUGAAGGUGUUUAUAUCUGCAGAGCCAGCAGUGUGUAUGGUCAGGCCCAGGACACUGCCAGGUUGACUAUCCAAGCCUUGCCAAAGGUGAUGAUUAACGUGCGUACCUCGGUGCAGACAGUGAUGAUAGGGAACUCUGUGGAGUUUGAGUGCCAGGCUGUUGGUGACCCAGAGCCCACGGUUAAGUGGAGUAAAGUUGGUGGGUCUCUGCCCGCACAUAUCAUGGUGAAGGGCGGCAUGCUGAGGAUCGAUCAGGUGACGGAGGCCGAUGCCGGGCAGUACCGCUGUACGGCCACCAACAACGUAGGCUCAGUGCAGUCCCAGGUGGUCCUUAACGUCCAGUCCCUUCCUCAAAUUGCUGCACUGCCUGAAACUAAGGAGGUGACAGUUGGGUCUGAUGCAGUCUUGCCCUGUGUGGCUUCAGGAUACCCUGUACCUGAGAUUAAAUGGUCCAAGGUGGAAGGAGCGCUUCCUCCUAAAUGUUUCCAGGAAGUCAACGUGCUGACGGUUCCUCGGGUCACCCAUGACGAUUCUGGGACGUACGUCUGCACCGCCUCUAACAAACAGGGAAAAGUGGAAGCCUUUACUACACUUCAAGUUCACGAGAGAGUGAUGCCAUACUUUGCCCAGGAACCCUUGUCCUACCUGACCCUGCCCACCAUCAAAAAUGCCUACAAGGCUUUCAGCAUUAAGAUCAACUUUAAACCUGAUAAUGUUGAUGGUCUCAUAUUGUACGCUGGUAUGAUCCUCUACAAUGGCCAGAGAAGGACCACAGGAGCAGACUUUAUCUCUCUGGGACUUGUGGGCGGCCGCUUAGAGUUCAGGUUCGACGUGGGCUCCGGCAUGGCCAGCAUACGCGACCCCAACCCUGUCAAACUGGGAGAGUUUCACACAGUUGAGCUGUAUCGCAACCACACCUUGGGCUACAUCAUUAUAGACGGAGGGGAGCCCAUCAAUGGCAGCUCACAGGGCAAGUUCCAGGGCCUGGAUCUGAAUGAGGAGCUGCAUGUGGGUGGUUACCCCAACUACACAGUCCUCGCCAAAACUGCUGGCAUUAAGACUGGUUUUGUUGGCUGUAUCCGUCAGCUGAUCAUCCAAGGUGAGGAAGUCAUCUUCAAAGACCUUGACCGCAGCUCUACUGGUGUCACAAACUGUCCCACCUGCAAAGACCACCCAUGCCAGAAUGGAGGGAGGUGUGAGGACUCAGAUGCCAGCUUGUACAAGUGCAGCUGCCCAAGAGGAUUCACAGGCAGCAACUGCCAGCACCACUCAUCCCUGCAUUGUCACUCAGAGGCCUGCGGACCAGAUGCCACUUGCAUCAGCCGCCCUAAUGGCCUAGGCUAUGACUGCCGCUGCCAUCUUGGCAAGUUUGGAAACAAAUGCAUGGAUGGGGAAUUGGUGACCACUCCGCUGUUUGAUGGUGAGGAAUCAUACAUAGCCUAUCCUCCCCUGACCAACAUCCACGAUGACCUGCGCGUUGAGCUGGAGUUCAAGCCUGUGGAAAGAGAUGGCCUGAUGUUCUUCUGUGGAGGGAAGAAAAUGAAGGUGGAGGACUUUGUAGCCAUCUCCAUGGUGGAGGGACAUGUAGAGUUCAGAUAUGAACUGGGCACAGGCCAGGCAAUCCUUCUCAGUCCAGAGCCUGUCUCUCUGGGCCAGUGGCACAAAGUUGUGGCUGAGCGAAACAAGAGGGCCGGCCACCUGAGGGUGGACCAAGGCCCAGUGGAAAGGAAGACGUCUCCAGGAAAAGCUCAGGGCCUCAAUAUUCACACCCCCAUGUACCUGGGAGGAGUCCCCAGCAUGGACAUCCUGCCUAAGCCCGCCAAUGUCAGCGAAAUGUUUAAGGGAUGCAUAGGAGAGGUUUCUAUCAACAACAAGAAGGUGGAUCUGUCCUACAGCUUCACAGAAAGCAGAUCUAUCCGCAAGUGUGUGGACACCAGCCCCUGUGACCGCCGACCUUGUCUGAAUGGUGGUCACUGCAUGUCGAGUGUUGAAUAUGAGUACCAGUGCCUCUGUAAGGAUGGAUUUGAAGGUGAGCGUUGUGAGGUGGUGAAAGACGUGUGCCAGAGCAACCUUCAAUGCCAGAAUGGCGGCAGCUGUGUCGACGGCCAGUGUGUGUGUACACCCGGCCACACAGGCCUGAACUGUGAAGGAAGCCAGGUCUCCAGCUUCCCCGAGGCCCUCUGGAAUUUGGAAGCUAGCGAGGCAAAUGAUUCACCUUAUCAGUAUGCAGCUCAUUUCCACAAUGAUGGAUACAUUGCCCUUCCUAAAUCCAUUUUUCCAAGAAGUACCCAUGACUCCCCAGAGACCAUCGAACUGGAGAUCAACACUGGCUCCUCUGAGGGCCUGAUCUUGUGGCAGGGAGUGGAGACCAAUGGCGCACGCAAUUUGCGAAAGGUGCAUGCUAGUAAAAAGGAACUUGGAGAACACGGCAAAGGCAAGGACUUCAUUAGCCUCAGCCUUCAGAAUGGACACCUUGUUUUCAGUUACCAGUUGGGCAGCGGAGAAGCAGAGAUCUUGUCCCGGAAGUCCAUCAAUGAUGGGAGAUGGCAUAAGAUCACAGCAGUCAGAACUGGAAAAGAUGGAUACAUCCAGAUUGAUGGAGGAGCCGCGCUACAUGGGCAGUCUAAAGGCAGAAGCCUCAUGGUCAACACCAAAGGCAGCAUAUACCUUGGCGGAGCCCCAGACAUGGCUGCUAUGACAGGAGGGAAGUUUUUGUCAGGAAUGACGGGCUGCGUGAGGAACCUGACACUGAUGAACGCCCGGCCGGGACAGCAGCCAGCCCAGGCCAUCGACCUGCAAGCCCAUGCAGCCCACGGCAUCAACGUGCAGCCAUGCUCUUCAUAGAUCGCAGCACACACACGAACACACAUAUACAAACACACACAUUAAACACACACAGAGACUAUGGAGUGAUGUCAUACACACACAGCAGACUCACACAGAAGAGAGGCUGACACAAACUUGGUGCUUUGCUGCUACCCAAAAAAUCAAGAUGACACAACAGAAUAUGUUUCUCUGUGUGCAGUAAAACCAAAAAGAGAGAACAAAUGAAACAAUAUUAACAAGUCUUCUCUUCCUCAGUGUUGUAUUCUCAAUGAAGGACUAUUAACACAGGAGAACCAGUACAGUUUACAUACUUCCAGCAGUAGUUUUAGCCAUGAGAAGAGUAAGAGUAAAACAUAUUAGGCCUUCUACGAUGGGUCAGAUCCUAUGGAGUUGGAGAUGUUUUUACAGCACUGAAUUUUUAUUUAUAUACAUAUGAAUAUAUAUAUAUUAUAUUUGUGGGGGAAAACAUGCAAACUAACCAUAACUGCUCUUCACCUUUCCUAGAGUUUAUUCUGGGUUCUAAUACUGUGUGUCCAUGGCUUUUUAUAGGCCUAACUGUAUUAAUACUUGAAGAUGUUUAGGCCUUCUCUCUUCACUUCUGUAGAGGAACCUUUUUUUUUUUUUUUUUGGCGCGAGCAUGCUUACAGUCUUUUGCAAAUUGUUGGGAGAGGAGCGCACACGGUCAUGGUCACAUGCAGCUUCAGUACACAACUCAGGUCGUUAAAUACAAAUUAAUAACCGCAAAUGUUACAUGUACUGCCGCUUUAACACGGCUGCUUUGCAAGUCAUUCACAACGCUGUUGUGUCUUCUGUGUCUGUUUUAUUUUUUUUGUUCUUUUUUAUGAAAAAGAAAGAAACCUUGGUGCUAAUGUCAGACAUGAAGAUACAGCACAUAGUCAUAUGGUUUCCUGUCUGUCACAUGUAGAGGUGUGUUUUAGUGAUUUGGUUACUUAAGAUAAAGAAAACUAAAGCAGUAUACGGUAGUGUACCAUUUGUUGAUAUGCAUGGCAUUUGAGGUUGAUUUUAUAAUAAUAUGGCAUGAUUUGUUGCCUCCACAGACUUAUUUGAUUGAGUAGAUCUCAAAAAACAGUUUUAAAAAGCUGAAAAGGGUGUAAUUUUUUAUGUGUGCUUGUUGAAGAUAUUGUUUUAUUUGUAAAACUAUCUGCCAGUCAGGUAGAUAUCUUUAUCAGUUGAGAAUGAGUGUGUAUGCUAGUAAAUUUGUUGGUUAUGUAUGUCUCAGCCUUUUCCAUUUCUGACAGGUCACUCUACUUUAAGCCACAGUAUGGAGUCAGGUGUGUGUGUGUGCGUGUGUGUGCGUGUGUGUGCGUGUGUGUGCGUGUGUGUGCGUGCAUGUGUCAUUAUCCAUAUCCUCAGGAGGGUCAACCCAGAACUGCCUCAAGAUGUUACUUAAUUUUCAGGUUUGGUAGCUUUAGGGACAAUUCAGUAAGCUAUAAAACUCUGAAGGCUCUGUAGUUCUGUCGGUUGUCUUCUCUGCAGAGGGAGAUUCAUCUGCAGCUAACAGCAGUAGGACACAGUUGGGAUAGUGUUUGGUCGUGUGGGAAUGCAGAGGAAGCCUCCUGCAGGUGCUGUGACCAGUAGUGUUGCUCUAAUAAAGCAUGCUCGCCCACCUUUAGUCGACCACACCUCAAAACCACAACGGCACGAUCACUUUGGGGUUCACAAACCUUUCACAUUUUUGUAAGCUUAAAAUAUUUGUAUUAAUAUCCUAAAAAUGAGCACUAUCCUUUCUCUUAGAGUUGCUUCAUUUUUAUUUAUUUUAUGUUUUUUGUUUUUCUUUUCCUUUUUUUCAUCGCUUUUGUUUCAAGGCUUGAUUCUGCUGUUUUAGAGCAAUCACAGAAGCUUGCUAUUUUCUUUCCUCUGGUUAUUGUGUAUUGGCUCCCACAUCCCCUUGUUUUCCCCUUAUGUUUGAGUUUGAAUACGGCCCCCGGUAAGUUCUUCAGAAAUCCCCAAAUAAAGUUCCAAGAAAGGUUAAUAUGUAAUACCUGACUGGAACUGCCGGGUCAAAUGGUUGGACACCGGUCUUAUUAUUCACUCAAUGAAAAAAGUCUUAGGCUCCAAAUGCAACAAAUAUAUUAUCUACACAGAAAGGUGUCAUCAUGUUUGUUUAAAUAUGAACAUGUGGAUUGAAAAGAGCCACUGCUGUGGUCCAGGUUUAGGACACUGAAGCAGAGAAUGAAGGUGUGUGUGCGCCCCUUGUUGGGUGCCUUUUGUGUAUCUGCUCUUAAACUGGAUUUUCAUAUAUACACUGUACACUCUUGCCCAAUGCAAAGUUGUCAAAAAAACUGCCACUGCUUAUUGGUUGUUUUUAGGCCAUUGCAAAAUAUGAAAGGUGCACUUUUAGUAACAAUGGAAAUGUUUAUUUUGAAAAUUUUUAAACAUUUAGCUGUUUCACUUCUGAAUGGCAGAAAAAGCGGAUAACUUGGUUAAAUGAAUGAAAUUGUACCAGAUGAAAUAUUGCCCAUGUCAGGACUACCUGACAUCCAUUUUCAGUGUUGAAAAGAGACUCCCCUUGCCCUUGGUGUUUCUUAAUUAAAAACAAAAUUCAUGUGCUA